GAUCGCGUCUUCGUUGCGAAGGACGUGAGGAGAACGGUUCCCCACUUUCGGCGACCUCGAGGGAGAGCGAGAGCGUGUAUUUUCCGCGGACAGACAUGCAGUACUAAGAGAGUGUUGUUAUCGUCAUCACGUAUUAGUGUCCCAUCGUUUUUUUUUCCCUUCCCAUUGCCGUAGUGUUGAUCAUACUAUUUGAGUAUUCGAUUAAUAUUUAAAUCAUACGUACAAAUUAUCUUUCAAAGGAGAUAUUAAAGAAUUAAAAUUGAAAAAAAAAAACAAAAGAAAAAGAAUACAAAAAUAUAUAUAUAUAUAUAUAUAAAAAAAGAAGAAAAAAAGAAAAAUCGUCCAAUAUAAUCAACGAUCUGUUCUCAUUUAUAUACGUCGAUUAUCAUCGUCGUUUAUUCUUUGAUUCGUCGAUUAUAAUAUAGUUUCGUGUAUUUUUCGACGAAAAGAUUGAGACAGAGAGUGAGAGAAGGAGAAAGAGGGAUUUAAAAUCGUAUGUACGCGAGAAGUGAUCGCACCUCGAUUGAAUUUCGAAACCGGUUGAAACCGUAGCCAUUGGACAUCGUUGAAAAGGGCUAAGAGAACCGGUAAGAGAAAGGACGGAAGGAGAAAGGACGUUUACGAUUUGAAAGAAGAAAUACAAAUUUGUUUUUUUUUUUUUUUUUUUCUUUUUUUUUUUGUAUUCACUCGAUAAUCAAUCGACGUUUGGAAAACGCUGCUUGGGAUCGUUCGAGAAAAGAAGCAAGAAAAUCAAGAGUUUAAUCUAAGAUGGGAUACGGUACAGAGAUGGACGGCUGCGGCCGUUUUAUGAAGUACUCAUUGUUCUUUACAAAUUUCAUCAUCUUCAUCGGUGGUAUCGUUAUAACUGGCUUAGCGAUAUGGGCAUUUGUCGAUAAAGUACCUUGGAUAGGCGAAUUGGUGGGAAACGAUUUGUUGACAGGUGCUAUUUAUGUAUUAUUAGCUGGUGGAAUUUUGGUAGCUAUUAUCGCUUUCUUUGGAUGCGUUGGUGCGUCACGCGAAGUCAAAUGUAUGCUGGUCACAUAUUUCAUAAUCGUGUUUUUAUUAUUCGUGACGAUGCUAAUUGGCGGUGUUCUCGGCUAUGUGUUCCGUGAAAAAUUGUUGAACACAUUGGAACGUGAAAUGUCCGGUAGCCUGAGAUUAUAUGAUCAUCGCAAAUCUGUCCGUGAUGCUUGGGAUACUACGCAAACCCAACUCCAUUGUUGCGGUGUAUAUGUCUGGAGAGAUUGGGGAGUUCAUGGUCUCCUUGUGCCACAAAGCUGUUGUCGCGAGGUUCAACCCGGACAGCGAUUUAACUGCAGUUCUGGUGCUGACACAGUAAAUCCAUCGAACGCUUAUCUGGAAGGUUGCCUAAACAGAACGCAAGUUUAUAUGCAACAGCAUGCAGCCGUUAUGGGUGGCGCUGGUAUCGCUGUUGCGUGUCUCAUGUUCUUUGGCAUGAUAUUCUCUUGUGCAUUAUUCAAGAUGAUAGAAUGACAAAGCAAUGACUACUACGUGUAAAAAAAACAUCCCGUGGGUAUUCUUUUGAUCCAGACAAGCACGGAAGAUAAUGAAAAUCUCCAACGCAUACUCGACGAUUUUUUUCCUCUUAUGAAUCACGCGACGAUAGAUCUUUAUCAUCGUCAUUAAUAAAUCUGCCUCGGUGUAUAUCUCAAUAACAAAUUCUCGCCAUUCGUUUUUUUAUUCUUCUACAAUUCUUAUCAAAUCAUUGUAUUCAUAUACUUCUUCUUUCUAUUCCAUUAUAUCUAUAUCAAUAUCGUAUAGUAUAUAUAUAUUACAUAUAAAUAUAUAAUAUAUACAAGUUAUUUAAAGAAUUUUUCUCACGUAUUUUAACGAAUCUCACGCAUUUUUAUGUCCUUUUUUGCGUUUACGUUACGUUAACAAUUAUACGUAAUGUAUAAAUGUAUGAUGCUAUGUAUUAUACAAGAAAAAUAUCGUAAGAAUACUGUAAUUAUUAUAUUUCUAGCUACAAAACUUUCGAUUAUAUAUAUACAUUAUGUAAACUGUAAUAAUAAAAUACCACGAUCGACUCGUAUCUCUUA